GGGCCGGCGGCGGGCCAGCCGGGCGGGCGCCGACAAUGAGCCUCCAUAAAAGGCAGAAGCGGGGGGCUGGGGCCCCGGAUUGAGCCCUCCCCGCCCGGGGUCUGGACAAUCUGAGGUCUCCGGGAGGCCCGGACGCGCCCGUCGCAGGCCCGGCCGGCGAGCGGCGCGCGGCGGGGAGGGCGCUGCGCGGGGCGGGCCGCGGGCCCGGCGCUGUCCCGGGCGGGAGACUGCCGCCGGCUGCGCGCCGAGGCCUGCGCGCCCGUCCUCCCGCGUGCAGACACGGCGGCUGCCUACCGCCGCACCAUGGCCCUGAAGGCCGAGGGCGCCCCGCUCGACUGCUUCGAGGUGACGCUCAAAUGCGAGGAAGGGGAGGACGACGAGGAGGCCAUGGUGGUGGCCGUAAUUCCGCGGCCGGAGCCGAUGCUCAGAGUGACCCAACAGGAGAAGACCCCACCACCUAGAACCAGCCUGCUGGAGGCCAGCGGUGAUGGCUGUGAGGAGCCAAAGCAUCAGCUGUCUUGGGAGCAGGAGUUCCUGGUGGGCAACAGCCCUGGAGGUAGUGGGCGGGCACUGUGCAUGGUGUGUGGUGCCGAGAUCCUGUCCCCAUCAGCGGACACGGCUCGUGCACACAUUCUGGAGCAGCACCCCCAUACCCUGGACCUGAGCCCCUCUGAGAAGAGCAACAUCUUGGAGGCCUGGGGCGAGGGAGUGGCCCUUCUGCAGGACAUCAGGGCUGACCAGCCGUCCCCACCCAACUCAGAAUCAGCCCGGGAUGUGGAGCCAGACCCAGACUCCAACCCAGACUCUGCAGGAAUGCCAGCGGAGAUAGUUGUGCUCCUUGACCCGGAGGACAACCCAGCCCUCCCCAAAAGGAUCCGUCCCAGGGGACUCCGCCCCCUCCUGGAGCUUCCUGCUGCCUCUGCUACAGAGCCAGGAAAUAAGAAGCCCCGUGGUCAGCGGUGGAAAGAGUCCCCUGGGGAAGAGCCAGUCAGAAAGAAAAGAGGCAGACCUAUGACCAAAAACCUGGACCCUGACCCAGACCCCCCGUCACCUGAGUCACCCACAGAGGAUUUCGCAGCACCAGCUGAGGUCCGACACUUCACCGAUGGCAGCUUCCCUGCUGGCUUCGUCCUGCAGCUCUUCUCCCACACCCAGCUUAGGGCCCCGGACAGCAAGGACUCACCUAAAGAGGAGGAGGCAGCAGUUGUGCCCCAACCGGAAAGCCCCUCUCCAGCUCCCCCUCCGGGGCUCCGCGGGACACUGGAUCUCCAGGUUAUCCGUGUGCGGAUGGAGGAGCCCCCAGCAGUCAGCCUCCUGCAAGACUGGUCCAAGCACCCACAGGGCAGCAAGGGUGUGGGAGCAGGUGAUACCCCAGACUGGCCCACAGUUCUGUCAGAAUCCAACACCACUGUGGGAGGGGAGCCAAAGGCGGGGAGUGGGGUAUAAAUUCUUUCCUGGGGAGGGGAGGGAGGGAUGAGGGGAGGGAGGGAGGUGGGGAGGAGGCAGCAUUGCCCUUUGGCUUAUAACUUAGCUGCCCAGCUUGGCCACCUGGCAGAGAGGGUAAGACCAGGUGCCAGGGCAGGGUGGGGGUGGGGCAGUACCCAUUAGUGCCUCAGGCACUACAAGAUGUCUGCCCCAGCCAGGCCCAAGGGCAGCCAAGGCUGUCCACAGUAGGGCAUUGGGCCUGUGGAGAACACCUACCCCAUCCUUUGCUGACCCAGACCUCUCUGUUCCUGCAACCCCCUCCCACCCUCUUAGCCUCCCCACCAUUCUCCCCUGGCACAGUGCCUUACACAAGAGGUGGUUGUAAUGGGGUUUGAACUGAGUCCCACUACCUCGGGGGACACCUCCCCUCCCCCACUUGUUCAGGCUCCUGAUGGGGCCUCCAUUACCUCUUCCCACCCUUCCCUGCAGGAGGCUGAGACAGCUCUCCUAGGGCUCCAUUCAGUCCCUCUCUCCUUUUCAUCUGUUUUCCUGUUGUAUAUAUCACCUUUGUUGACAAUAAAUUAUUUUUUUUUAUUAA